AAAUUUGAAAAAACGAAAAAGGAUAAAGAUGGAAAAACAGGAACUUUAUACAUUGAACAAUUUGGUUCUAAUAUGAAUGAAAAAGUAAGAAAUGGAAAAUUACAAGGUAUCUAUGGAAGAGAUGAAGAAAUUAGAGCAAUAAUUGAAUCUUUGUUAAGAUAUAAUAAGAACAGUCCAGUUUUAGUUGGUAAUCCUGGUACUGGUAAAACAACAAUUGUUGAAGGUUUAGUAUACAGAAUUGAAAAAGGAGAUGUACCAAAAGAAUUACAAGGAUAUACUGUUAUUAGUUUAAAUUUUAGAAAAUUUACUUCAGGAACAUCAUAUAGAGGAGAAUUCGAAACAAGAAUGAAAAAUAUAAUUAAAGAAUUAAAAAAUAAGAAAAAUAAAAUUAUCUUAUUUGUUGACGAAAUUCACUUAUUAUUAGGAGCUGGUAAAGCAGAAGGAGGUACAGAUGCAGCUAAUUUAUUAAAACCAGUUUUAUCUAAAGGUGAAAUAAAAUUGAUUGGUGCAACAACUAUAGCUGAAUAUAGAAAAUUUAUAGAAAGUUGCUCAGCCUUCGAAAGAAGAUUUGAAAAAAUUCUUGUAGAACCUCCUUCAGUAGAUAUGACCGUAAAAAUUUUAAGAUCUUUAAAAAGUAAAUACGAAAACUUUUAUGGCAUUAAUAUAACAGAUAAAGCUUUAGUAGCAGCAGCAAAAAUAUCGGAUAGAUUUAUAAAGGAUAGAUUUUUACCAGAUAAAGCUAUUGAUUUAUUAAAUAAAGCUUGCUCCUUUUUACAAGUACAAUUAUCAGGAAAACCUAGAAUUAUUGAUGUAACAGAAAGAGAUAUAGAAAGAUUGUCAUAUGAAAUAAGUACAUUAGAAAUGGAUGUAGACAAAGUAUCCAAAAAGAAAUAUAAUAAAUUGAUUAAAGAGUUUGAGGAGAAAAAAGAACAAUUAAAGAAAUAUUAUGAAGAAUAUGUUAUUACAGGAGAGAGAUUAAAGAGAAAAAAAGAAAUUGAAAAGAAAUUAAAUGAUCUUAAAGAAUUAACACAGAAUUAUGUAUAUUCAAAUAAAGAACCCCCGAUAGAAUUACAAAAUAGUUUAAAAGAAGCUCAACAAAAAUAUUUAGAAUUAUAUAAAGAAACAGUAGCUUAUGUUGAAGCAAAAACACACAAUGCAAUGAAUGUUGAUGCAGUUUAUCAAGAACAUGUAUCAUAUAUAUAUUUAAGAGAUUCUGGUAUGCCCCUCGGUUCUUUAUCAUUUGAAUCAUCAAAGGGUGCAUUAAAAUUAUAUAAUAGUUUAUCUAAAUCCAUUAUUGGAAAUGAAGAUAUUAUAAAAUCAUUAAGUGAUGCUGUUGUGAAAGCAGCUACUGGUAUGAAGGAUCCAGAAAAACCUAUAGGAACCUUUUUAUUUUUAGGACCUACAGGUGUGGGUAAAACUGAGUUAGCAAAAACAUUAGCUAUUGAAUUAUUUAAUUCAAAAGAUAACUUGAUUCGUGUUAACAUGUCAGAAUUUACAGAAGCUCACUCUGUCUCCAAAAUUACUGGUAGUCCACCAGGUUAUGUUGGUUUCAGUGACUCUGGUCAGUUAACCGAAGCAGUCCGAGAAAAACCUCACUCCGUUGUCCUUUUUGAUGAAUUAGAAAAAGCACAUGCCGAUGUCUUUAAAGUAUUAUUACAAAUUUUAGGAGAUGGUUAUAUUAAUGAUAAUCAUAGACGAAAUAUUGAUUUUUCAAAUACCAUUAUUAUUAUGACAUCUAACUUAGGAGCAGAAUUAUUUAAAAAGAAACUUUUCUUUGAUGCCGACAAUUCAGGUACUCCAGAAUACAAAAGAGUUAUGGAAGAUGUCAGAUUAUCUCUUAUAAAGAAAUGUAAGAAAGUAUUCAAACCAGAAUUCGUUAACAGAAUUGAUAAAAUUGGUGUAUUUGAACCAUUGAAUAAGAAGAAUCUACAUAAAAUAGUUGCAUUAAGAUUUAAAAAAUUAGAAAAGAGAUUGGAAGAAAAAAAUAUUCAAGUAUCUGUUUCUGAAAAGGCUAUUGAUUAUAUUAUAGAUCAAUCAUAUGAUCCAGAAUUAGGAGCAAGACCUACCUUAAUUUUUAUUGAAAGUGUUAUUAUGACCAAAUUUGCUAUUAUGUAUUUGAAGAAAGAAUUAGUAGAUGAUAUGGAUGUAUUUGUUGAUUAUAAUAGUAAAGCUAAAAACUUGGUUAUAAACUUAUCUAAGACCUAA